AGGACAAUUUGCAAGACAUAACCUAAAAUUAGUAACCAAUCACAAUUAAUGUAACUUUUUAAUUUUUUAAAUUAACCAGUUAUAUGUUUGGUUGUAUAUUUAUUCGUAAAACUGUGUGUUUGGCUUAAUUAUAUUGUUUGUUUACGUGUGCGUUGUCUAACCAACAAAUCAUGUUUUUGUUCUUAGAAUUUAUCUGACAUUUCUUAUCACUGAAUUAGUUUUAAAAUUAUAUAUGCAGACGUGUUUAUUUCAUUGUUCUUCCGUUUAAAUAACAAAAACACACGUGUAUGAUAAGUAUAUUACAUCCUAUUGAAAAGUAAAAAAAAUGGUUGAAGGCAAAAGAGCACUGAUUCUCGUUGGAGGAUAUGGUACAAGACUGAGACCUCUCACCUUGAGUAGACCAAAACCUCUUGUAGAAUUUGCCAAUAAACCAAUCUUGUUGCAUCAGAUUGAAGCAUUAGUAGAUGCUGGAGUCACAGAAGUAAUUCUAGCAGUAUCAUAUCGUGCCAAACAAAUGGAAGAAGAACUAACCAUAGAAGCUACAAAACUAGGUGUUAACAUAAUCUAUUCUCAUGAGACUGAGCCUCUAGGUACUGCAGGACCAAUAGCCUUAGCCAAAGAGCAUCUUUCCAAAAGCACAAAGCCAUUUUUUGUACUUAAUUCAGAUAUAAUCUGUGACUUUCCAUUUAGAGAACUAGCCAAGUUCCAUGAAGAUCAUGGUAAAGAAGGUACAAUAGUGGUUACAAAGGUCGAAGAGCCUUCUAAAUAUGGUGUAGUGGUUUAUGAUAAAACUAAUUGUAUACAAAGCUUUAUUGAAAAACCCCAGGAAUUUAUCUCGAACAAAAUAAAUGCUGGCUUAUACAUUCUAAACCCCAGUGUAAUCAACAGAAUUGACCUUAAACCAACUUCUAUUGAAAAGGAAGUUUUCCCAAAUAUGGCUUCUGACAAACAGUUGUAUGCAUUUGAAUUGAAAGGGUUUUGGAUGGACGUGGGUCAACCAAAAGACUUUCUGACAGGGAUGUGCUUGUAUUUAACUCAUUUAAGAGAAACUAACAGCCAAAAAUUGUAUAAAGGCCCUGGUGUGGUUGGGAAUGUGAUAGUAGAUCCAACAGCAACAAUUGGAAACAACUGUCAAAUUGGACCUAAUGUUACUAUUGGACCAGGGGUUGUAAUAGAAGAUGGUGUGUGUAUAAAACGAUCAACAAUUCUGAGAGGUGCAACCAUUUGUUCUAAUUCAUGGCUUGAAAGCUGCAUAGUAGGAUGGAAGUGCCAUGUAGGUAGGUGGGUACGAAUGGAAGGCAGCACAGUUCUAGGCGAAGACGUAAUUGUUAAAGAUGAGACCUACAUAAAUGGAGGACAAGUUUUGCCCCAUAAAAAUAUAGCCACCUCAGUUCCUGAACCCCAAAUUAUUAUGUAGCAAUGUAUUAUAUAUUAUUUAUUAUUAUAACAAAUCUUAUGCUUAAAACUAAGUGUAUUGAAUACAUUUUUUGUAUAUCCACAAUAAUAAUUUUUUUAAAUACUGAAAUAAUUUGUUACUCUAAUUUAAUUAUUGUUUAAAAUUAGUAUUGUUAUUUUUGACCUUAAUUGUACAAAUUAACUGGUAAAUUGUGUUUUCGUAGAAAAAGUACUAUAAAAGAAAUAUUUUCAAAACAAAAUCAAUGGUAAAAAUAGGAGAAAAUAAUAUCCAGUAUUAUUUUAACACUAUUUUAUCUAUAGACAUUUUUGUAUCCUUCUGAUUACGUUAAUUCCCUUUAGUUUAUCAAAAGAUAAAAUAUUUGUGAGAUUUUUACUUUUAAAUAAAAUGAGGUCUUAAUGGUGUCUACGUACGUUUUUUUUAUAUAUAUUGGCUUGUAAAAUGUGUAACCAUGUACAUGGAGAGUAUAAUAAACAAAGAAGAGAAUCCAACUGGAGAGACUAAUAUUAAAAAUAUUUUGUAAUUUUUUUUAUUUGUUUUGACAUUCCUAAUAAAUACGUUCAUAUCUACAUUGUUAGAA